UUCAUAAUAAUAUCUACUAGAGGAAAAGCCCGCGGGGACCGAUAGAGAGGGAAACUUGCUGCCGCCGGUGACUGAAACCCAGGGCUGGAAUCUCCGUGUGUCUUGGUUUUUCCGGUAGCAUCAUACGGCGGUUGUAGCUGUGUUUCACGGUGGGUUUUUGAUUAAUCACUAGUGGUUUAGCUCGUGAGGUGAUUUUCACGGGGCGUAUUCGUUUGAAGCUCACGCUGUUCUAGCUUUGAGAUUGAGCAGUGGCAAUGGAGCAAGACAAUGAAGAAGAGGUGAAGACGUUUCAGAGCUUAGGGAUAUGUGAGCAAUUGGUGGAGGCAUGUGACAGUUUAGGCUGGAAAAAUCCAUCAAAGAUUCAGGCGGAGGCGAUUCCUCAUGCCCUAGAAGGAAAGGAUUUAAUUGGACUUGCACAAACUGGUUCUGGGAAAACUGGAGCUUUUGCUCUGCCCAUUUUGCAAGCCCUAUUGGAAGCUCCCCAAGCAUUUUUUGCCUGUGUGCUCUCUCCCACAAGGGAGCUUGCAAUUCAGAUAGCUGAGCAGUUUGAAGCUUUAGGUUCUGGCAUUGGUAUUAAGUGUGCAGUGCUCGUCGGAGGGGUAGACAUGGUGCAGCAAGCCAUUAACCUGGCAAAACGGCCACAUAUUGUUGUUGGGACACCUGGACGCCUUGUGGACCAUCUAACCAAUACAAAGGGGUUUUCCCUGCGCACAUUGAAGUAUCUAGUCCUUGAUGAGGCAGAUAGGUUAUUGAAUGAAGACUUCGAAAAGUCAAUAGAUGAAAUUUUGAAUGAAAUUCCUCGUGAGAGGAGAACAUAUCUAUUUUCUGCUACUAUGACCAAAAAGGUUCGGAAACUUCAAAGAGCAUGCUUAAGGAACCCUGUUAAGAUUGAAGCAGCAACCAAAUAUUCCACAGUCGACACAUUGAAGCAGCAAUAUUGUUUUAUCCCUGCGAAAUAUAAGGAGUGUUAUCUUGUCUAUAUCUUGACUGAGAUGUCUGGUUCAACCUCAAUGGUCUUCACUCGCACUUGUGAUGCCACUCGCCUUCUGUCAUUGAUUCUUCGAAAUCUUGGAUUAAGAGCCAUACCCAUAAGUGGUCAGAUGACCCAGGCGAAGCGACUGGGAGCCUUAAAUAAGUUCAAGGCUGGAGAGUGCAAUAUUCUCAUUUGCACUGAUGUGGCUAGCAGAGGACUUGAUAUUCCAUCUGUGGAUAUGGUCAUAAAUUAUGAUAUUCCUUCAAAUUCCAAGGAUUACAUACAUAGAGUUGGAAGAACUGCUCGUGCAGGUCGUUCUGGGGUUGCCAUUUCGUUGGUUAAUCAGUAUGAGUUAGAGUGGUAUAUACAGAUAGAGAAGCUCAUAGGGAAAAAACUACCGCAGUUUUCCGCCCAAGAAGAGGAAGUUUUGAUGCUGUUAGAGCGUGUGACAGAGGCAAAGAGAAUAUCUCUCAUGAAAAUCAAAGAAACUGGUGGUAAAAAGAGGAGGCGAGGUGGGGAUGACGAAGAUGACAACGACAAUAAUGAUGUUGAAAAGUAUCUGCGCAAGACCGGAAAGGGUGGGAAAAUGUCCAAGAAUGGUAAAACGUCAAAGAAGAUGAAAAGAAAAUGAGUCUAUUAUUUAUAUCUAUAAUUUGGCAGAGUUUUGAUUCUUUUUGCUUCAAAUUUUGAUAUAGUUUCAGGCGAAUGUGAAUGUUCUAACUUCAAUGCAAAUCAUUAAUGAAUGAGCAAAUUUUGUCCAUGUA